ACAUGAACUAUAUUGCUAAAAAUGGCUGACAGGCGCACACAGAUGUCAGUAACAACAGAGAAGAUGUUUAUGUUUUCAUGUGUUUUUUAUUUAUCAUGGACCUCAGUUCGGGCCGAGAUUCAUUCUGCAGUUCUCGAUAAACAAACUGGCCAGCUGUCCUUGGAGGAGGGGUUCCGAGACGACUAUGUAGCCUGGGCGAACUUUACCGACGACAUCAAGAACUCGGGCUGGGCAUAUCUGGAAGUGACCACUAGCGGACGCUAUAAUGAUAGUAUCCAGGCGUAUGCUUCCGGGGCCGUUGAGGCUGCAGUCACCUCCCAGCUGAUCUAUAAGCACUGGAUGAACACACUUAUGGGGUACUGCGGUCCGUUUACCUUCGAGUCGGGAUUCUGCCAGAGACUAAAGGAUUACAUCACUUCCAACCUGCAAUGGGUCAGACAGCAGAUAGAGGAGCAUCCACACUGUCCCUACUGGCACCAGGUGCGGUUGGCGUUGCUGCAGCUGAAAGGUCUGGAGGACGGCUACAAUGAUCAGCUGUCAUUUCCCAGUGGCCCUUUCACUCUCAACCCCUUUGGCUUCCUACUUUUCCAGAUGGGAGGAGACCUAGAGGAUCUUGAAGGGGCCCUAAACAAAUCCAGCCAUUCACGGACUCUGGGCUCCGGCUCUUGCUCCGCCCUCAUCAAGCUGUUGCCUGGCAACAAGGAUCUACUGGUGUCUCAUGAUACCUGGAACAUCUACCAGGCCAUGCUGCGCAUCCUAAAAAAGUACCAGUUUGCCUACCGUGUCUCUCCUACAGACAGUGAUAUGAUCCCUGGGGGAACCCAGGCGUUCUCUUCCUACCCAGGCUCCAUCUUCUCUGGAGAUGACUUCUACAUCCUUAGCACUGGGCUGGUUACUCUGGAGACUACCAUUGGCAACAGUAACCCCGCCCUCUGGAAGUUUGUUCAACCAACCGGAGCAGUGAUGGAGUGGCUGAGGAACAUCGUAGCCAAUCGGCUGGCUACAACUGGCAAGGCAUGGGCAGAGAUUUUCAGCAAACACAACAGCGGAACGUAUAAUAACCAGUGGAUGAUAGUGGACUACAGGCAUUUCACUCCAGGGAUGACAGAGACUAAGGAGCAGCUGUUUACUGUGCUGGAGCAGAUCCCUGGGCUAGUUGUUCACUCUGACAAAACCCAGGAAUUGCUGCAGAAAGGCUACUGGUCUAGUUACAACAUCCCGUACUAUGAGGAGGUGUUUAAUGCCAGCGGCUGUAGAGAACUGGUAGAGCAGUUUGGUCCAUGGUUUUCUCUGGACAUGAAUCCUCGAGCCCAGAUCUUCAGAAGGAACCAAUCACACGUCACAGACAUGGACUCCAUGGUCCGCCUCAUGAGGUAUAAUAACUUUAAAGAGGACCCAUUGUCACGGUGCAAGGGCUGCGACCCGCCUGCUAACGGGGAGAACACCAUCUCGGCCCGCUCCGACCUGAACCAGGCUAACGGGACAUAUCCCUUUGGAGCGCUGAAGCAGAGACCACAUGGUGGAACGGAUAUGAAGGUGACGUCUUAUGAGAUGUGGCGUGAGUUUGGGUUCUUGGCAGCGAGUGGACCCACGUGGGACCAGGUACCUGCUUUCCAGUGGAGUUCCUCUCCCUACUCAGACCUGAUGCACAUGGGACACCCCGACACCUGGGAUUUCACACCUAUACAUGUCACCUGGUCUACCUAACCCGUAACCUUUAAAUGAACCCUACACGCACACAUCCAUCAGUGUAAGAAAAUAAACUGAGGGGUGCUGGAUUUCAUUUGAAAAGGGGAAAUGAUUACAAAUGUAAUGCAAAUGGAUAUACAGUACAACAGUAAGCAUAUGUUUACUGCACUGCUGUUUGAGAUAAGGGAAUGUGUUUUAACAGUUAAAAAAUUUUUUUGCUCAUACUGGCUGUCUCAUAUUGAAUGUAAUGUGAGAUGGUAUAACUCUGUUUGAAAUGAGACUUCCACUAUUGACAAUAUUGAGGUAGGAAAUUGUACCUCUUAGACGCACAAAAAAUACUUUGUUUGGGCAAUAGAGAAUGAUUUUUGUUUUCCAUUUUUAAAUCUGUUUUCAAUUUGAAUCCUAAAGUAUUCUACCAUUUGAUUCAUGCUGCUAAGGCACUGGUCAACUCAUUUAAUUCAUAAACGUUAUUAAGACCGUAUUCAGAUCAAAAUAUGUAUUACAUUUCUCAUUUGACAGAUAAAGGCUUGAAUGUGUUCAGUUUUUUUUUAUUCAAUGGUCAAUGGUUGUCAUUAAAUGAGUUUUGAACUUCA